AACUCUGGUGUUACUCCGCGAAUACUUUUCUGGUGUAGGUACUUACUCACGAACGUUCACGAGCGACACGAAACGAUUCGUUCAAAACCACCCACGGAAUACGAUUAACAUUAACCUACACGUAGGCGGAAUAAAACGAGAACGAGCACGUACGAGUUGCGAAUAAUUUUGGUUUGUCUUUGGGAUCGCAAUGCGGACGACGAGGCUGCAGCUGCUCUUCCUCGGGCUGCUUUUAGUGGCUCUUGUAACAGACGUGUCUGCACGACAGCAUCGAAGAAAACAUCGAACGACGACAACGACUGAGCCAUCUCUUCAAGAUGAGGUAAUGAACAUGUUAGAAGCUGAUGAGAUAGCGGAAGAUGAGAACAGAGAUGCUGAAGUUACUUUCGAAAAUGUUGGAAACGAACUUGCAUCGAAGAAACAACGUUUGAUCGAAGUAGAUCCUUGUAUGAAUAAACAUUGUGGUGCUGGACGCAUUUGUAAGUCAACUGAAGAUGGUAUUGCCGAAUGCGUUUGCGUCGAAGUUUGCGAUCAGGAAGUCGAUCCACGUCGUAAGGUCUGCACAAAUUACAAUGAAACUUUUGGCAGCGAUUGUGAGGUCUAUCAAGCACGUUGUUUCUGUGAUACUGGUGAUACCAGGUGCAGAGGACCUGACUAUAAACAUGUUCAUAUUGAAUACUAUGGCGAAUGCAAACAAAUGCCAAUGUGCAAGGAAGAAGACAUGGCAGAUUUCCCAAGGCGUAUGCGCGACUGGUUGUUCAACAUAAUGCGUGACUUAGCCGAUCGUCAAGAGCUACCAUCGCACUACUUGAAAAUGCAACGUGAAGCUGAAACGAACAUGACACUGCGCUGGACGAAUGCAGCCAUUUGGAAGUGGUGUGACCUCGAUGGUCAUCCACAUGAUAGAACAGUUUCCAGGCACGAACUUUUCCCUAUAAAGGCACCCUUGAUGGCCUUGGAACAUUGCAUAGCACCUUUCUUCGAUUCCUGCGAUGCCGAUAAUGAUCACCUCAUCACUUUGGUUGAGUGGGGCAAAUGUUUGCAAUUGGAUGAGGAUGACAUCGAUGAAAAGUGUGACGAGCUAGCCGAAGCCAGCAGCAAUCUACAAUAAAUAAUUUUGACGAUAUAUAUAUAUAUAUAUAUAUAUAUAUAUAUAUAUAUAUAACAAAUAAUGGCGGAUGUAUUUGCUAGACGGAUCGAACGACAGGGCCAACGAUAAAUGAACGAGAAAAGACCUUUGUAUUGCUAUGUAGCAAUUAGUAGUAGUGUGUAACGCAGGAUGAGUAGGCUGAAAGGGAAGGAAAAUGGCGGGAAAUUUUAGAAGCAAGGCUUUGCGUAUUCGACAACGCGCAUGUCCCAUAUAACAGACUCAUCGAUAUCGUGACCCAUCGUGUAAUGCUCCUCAUACUACUUGCAAUUUUGAAGAGUCUCGUUUAAUCCUUCGUUGUUAUUUUAUUGAUCGAAGCUCGCAGCGGCCAAUGGAUUUCCUAUCGAGCUUAACAAAUUGAUAAUUCUGAUCGUUAUAAUAUUUUCAACGAAAUUCUACACCAAUCGUCUGUUUAUUUUAUAUAAUUUUGUAUUCUUCCAUCGAAUGUGAACGGUAUUUUAUUCAUAAUUUUUUAAUUUUUAUUUCAUAUCAAAAUUCGUGUUCAUUUGAUGAAUGAAGUUUAUAUAUAUAUAUGUGCAUAUGAAAGUAUGUAAUUGGCGAUACAAAACACGUCGGUCCUUCGAAUUCGAAACGUCUUCUCUAAUACAGCGCCACGGAUCGCUUUAGAAUUAAUUUUAUUUGUAUUUGAACCUACCGCGACAUAUUAUGUGGCAUCAUUUCUUUUGAUUUCCUUCUUGUUAUUUAAUCCUGAUAAUAUUCUAUUUUUUAGAGAUUACCUUAAUAUAUAUAAAUGUAUCCGAAAUAUUUUGUGCUACUGCCUUUUUACUUGUCAAUAAAGAUUCUAAUGACAUUUUUAUUAUAAUGUA